GGCGUCCUAUUUUUACGUCAAACCCCCCCCGCGGUCCCAGCCAGACGCGGCAGCAAAAUGGCGGCGACCAUAGCCCUAGCGGGGCUGAGGAGACGGCCGGGUAGCGUGUGGGGCGCGGGGGUCCGGUGGCUGCUGCAGGUGACUCCCCAGCAGAAUCCGUCCCGGGACAAAACUGAGACCCACCACCCCCAUUAUCCCGGGAUUGUGGAAUCCACUGAAGAAUAUAAAUUUGUGGAGAGACUCAUUCCACCCACCAGAAUUCCUGCUCCCCCCAAACACGCCCAGUACCCCACCCCGUCUGGCUGGAGAGCGCCAUCAGAUACUCCACCUGCCCUUCCUUACUUUGUGAGACGUUCCCGCAUGCACAACGUUCCAGUCUAUAAGGACAUCACCAGUGGCAACAGGAGGAUGACUGUCAUCAGGAAAAUCGAAGGAGAUAUCUGGGCCCUGGAAGAGGAAGUUAAGGAGUUCCUCACUCAGCUCGCUGGGAAACCACCACCUAUUCAAGUCAACGAAAUCACCUGCAGCAUCCGUAUCAAGGGCUAUUUUGACAAUGAACUGAAAGAGUGGUUGUUGAACAAGGGGUUUUAAAUAAACCAACUAUCCUGUUUUCUUUGUGCUGAUUGAUGCUAUCUAUCCCCUUCUGAGGAGGAUGUGUUUUCUUGCUCAGAGCUAUUCUCGACCCAGAUGAACCAGUCUUACUUUUUAUGCAAAAGCAGCAAGGAUCCACAGGGGCACAACAAGGUCCCAGUAACCUCCAUAUUACACUCCAUCCAGAAAAGGGGGAAGUGUCCACAUAAUGUCCUAGUAGCACAAUGCUUUUUGCCAAGAGAGGGAGCUGUACUAUAACAUCCCCAUGAAAGUGAACAAAACUCCAGUCUCUGCUGCGCUGAAGAACAAUGUCUGAUUAAUUGCACGUUUAUUUAUACCACAUGAAAUGUACAGGAAAAGUUUACAAAAUGACCCUUCCCUGGGUGACUGUUGCAAUAAAGUUAAUUUAAAAAAAAAA